CAACACCAUUCUUUGUUUAUUUACUUCACCAGCGAAUAAAACAUCAUGAACUUCAUUUCCUUGCUACUCAAAUAUCAAUUAUUAACAUUCAUUUUCACUAUCAUAGCCUUAACCAAAGUUAGUUGUUUUUCGUUCAAUUUCUCAACCUUUGAUCCAAAUAAUUUCUCACCUACCGAAAAUUCAAAAGUAACCACAGAUGUCAUCCAAAUAACCCCAAAUAAUCAUGGUGAAAUAGAGAAUUAUUCAGGACGUGUUUUUUACAAAGAGCCAUACACACUUUUUAACAAGAAAAACAACAAAAUAGCUUCUUUCAACACCACUUUUGUUCUUAACAUAACUCCUCAAACUUCCCCUGGUGGAGAAGGCAUGGCCUUCAUCAUAGCUUCAGAUCAAAAUCUCCCCGAAAACAGUCAUGGAGAAUGGCUUGGUAUUGUAAAUGCUUCUACAAAUGGAACUUCUCGAGCUGAAAUUCUUGCAGUAGAGUUCGAUACACGACAAAGUUCAACGCAAGACGGUCCUCCCAACCAUGUUGGUAUCAAUAUAAAUAGCAUCUCUUCGUUGAAACUAACAUCAUUGUCGAACACUAAGGUCAAUCUUUCAUCUGGAGAAGAUGUAACUGUGAGAAUUCAAUAUUCCAAUGAUAUAAUAUCUGUUUUUGGUUCAAUGGCUGAAAAUUCACAAGAUUCUAUGGAGACCCUUUUGGUUUCUCCACCUCUUAAUCUAUCUUCCUAUCUUAAACAAGAGGUUUACCAUGUGGGUUUCUCCGCUUCAACGAGCAAUUACACAGAGUUAAACACGGUAAAAGCAUGGGAAUUCAAUGGUCUUGAUAUUUCAGAUGGUAAAAUAAAUCUCUUGUGGGUUUGGAUUAUAGUUCCAUUGGUGAUAAUCGUAGUUGGAUUAGUCUUUUUCUUGGUUUAUUUUCAAAAGAAAAGAAACAUUGAGAUUUCGGAAGAUGCUUAUCCAGAGAUAGAGAAUCAAAUUCAACACUCAUCUAUGGGUCCGAAGAAAUUUGAAUUACAGGAAUUGAUAAAAGCAACAGGUGCAUUCAGCCAAUCGAACAAGCUUGGCCAAGGUGGAUUUGGAACUGUUUAUAAGGGUGUCCUUGGAAACAACAAAGAGAUAGCUGUGAAGAGAGUCUCGAAGAACUCGCGUCAAGGAAAGCAAGAAUUUAUAGCAGAAGUAACAACAAUUGGAAGCCUUCACCAUAAGAACUUGGUGAAACUUAUUGGUUGGUGCUAUGAGAAAAAAGAGCUUCUCCUUGUUUACGAGUUCAUGCCGAAUGGAAGCUUAGACAAAUACCUAUUCAACCAAUCGGGUGACGAAUUUGAAUUACAUUAUUCAAAAGUACUUGAUUGGAAUACUAGAAAUAGUGUGAUCCGUGGCGUGGCGCAGGCACUGGAUUAUCUUCACAAUGGUUGCGAAAGAAGAGUACUUCAUAGAGACAUUAAAGCAAGCAACAUAAUGCUGGACUUAGAUUACGAUGCGAAAUUGGGUGAUUUUGGAUUGGCGCGAACAAUUCAAAAGAGAAAUGAGACUCAUCAUUCAACAAAGGAAAUUGCGGGAACCCCUGGUUAUAUGGCACCGGAAUCUUUUCUAACGGGAAGAGCAACGGUGGAAACGGAUGUAUACGCAUUUGGUGUUCUUGUUUUGGAGGUUGUGUGUGGAAAAAGUCCAGGAAAUAUGUAUGAACAAGAUGAUUAUAAAAAUAGUAUUGUGUAUUGGGUUUGGGAGCAUUAUGGAAGGGGGAGAAUUGUUAGUGUUGUUGAUAAAAGGAUAAGUGAUUGUGAAGAGGAUGAGAUAGAGAUGGUGAAAUUUAAGGAAGAAGUUGAAAUUGUGCUUAUUCUUGGGUUAGCUUGUUGUCAUCCAAACCCUAAUGAAAGGCCAUCAAUACAAACAGUUCUGAUGGUUCUAACUGGAGAAGCUUCUCCUCCAAUUGUUCCAGUGGAAAGACCUUCUUUUGUUUGGCCUGCUAUGCCUUCAAUUUUCAAAGAAGGGGAAGAUAGUUCUCUUAUCAAUGGAACAGUCUCUCCAUUCACUCAACUAAGUGGUAGAUAAUACUAACACAGACAUGGAGACCGAACACGACACAGACACAUAAACACCUUCUUUUUUUUUAUAUAUCAGUACCAUGUAGAUUGAAUAAGUAUUGAUGUUACAGUUUAUUUGGCAACUCUAAGCUUAAGCCAGUAAUAUAAUAUUUCUUAGUUUUAUCCUUUGGUGUGUCUAAUAUUACUCUUCUUAUUUGGGCGAGAGUCUGCUUUUGUCCUCUGUCAUUUAGGAGUAGGACGAGUUGUUCUCUGAUUAUUCUUUGCUAAAUCAUCUAAUUUGUAUGCAGAAGUCUUGAUCCAGUGAACUGAGGAACUCUAGAGUGAGGUUCCUAUAAGUCACGUGAAUGUCAUCAACAUACUCAUCACAGCUGAGCUGGUGGCACAGAUACCUCACACUCGCCUCGAUCCCGAGUGCCUCCAUACAUCUCUGGUCGGGGUACCUAGUGGGUAACAUAGGGCGAGCAAACAAAGCAGCGAAACGCGAUCUCUGUGCAUCAUCUCUGAAAAAUCACUUCCAUGUCAUCAAAGUGAGCCAUCCUGAAAAAGUAACACAAGAAUAUCUGGUCCUGAAAAACACAAACAAAUAGGUCAGUCCAGAUAAUAAUUAAAUUAUGAUAAAAAAUAAAACCAAAACUAAAUUAAAGAAGAAACCAUGGGUUGCCUCCCAUGCAGCGCUUGUUUAAUGUCGUUAGCUUGACAACUAGACAAGGUUCUGGUCUAAUGAUGCACCUGUUACGAGUGAGUCCUGAUGUUUUUCCUGGGAUAUUUGUGACUCAUCGUUAGAGUAAUAUGUUGGACUAACUGGAUGAUAUCCUUGAGGAUGGACGGUUUAGAGUAAACCAAGUGCUUUUGAAUUAUGUUGUUAAGUCGCUGCAGAUUUUUCUGUCUAAAGAUGUUGCGAAUACAAGGUCUCGGUCUGUUGGAUGAGUUAGGACGUCUCUGAAGGAGAACGGUCAAUUAUUAUUGAUGGAUGCUUUCUAUAGGGUAGAGAGCAAUGUGGCAACUAGUGAUAUACAAGUGGUGUGAAAUUCUUGAUGUUUUACUAACGAUAUCUACUAAGCAAGUAGCAUAACUCUUAGGAGAUGAAGCUCUUAUGUGUGCAGGUCGGUGAUAACGGUUAUAUGGGGUUUUGUGUGGGUUAAUGACACUUGUUUAAUGUAAUGAUUGAGAUUUAGUAUCCGCUUCAAAUGAUUGACGAUUUGAUGGACCAACUGGUAGGAGAGUAUGUCUUCACUAUAAUCGAAUUGAGGUUGGAAUACCUUCCGAUUUAUGUGAAGGCUGAGGAUGGUUAGAGACAGCUAUUAAAAACUCGAUGUAGGAAUUA